UGCGUCUCUGUCCGCCCGCCCGCAGCAGUCUCCUUUCCGGCGAGGUUUCACUACAGAGAUGGCUGUGAAAGUGUGCAGAUCGAUACUCCUGUUGUCCCGGAGCAGCGGAGCGGUGGCCAGCAGCCUCCCCGCACUUGUUGUCUCUUCACAGCGACACCAUCAGCACAUACGACCGCAGGACGUACUGUCUGCUCCUUUCACCCGUCAGACUGUCAGGAGAGCACAUGGCCUACGGUCAGCAGCCCAGUGCACACUCUUCACCCAACCUCCCACUGCCCUGUCUCCACAGGUUUGGAGGGGCAGCCCAUCAUGGCAUGGUCAGAGACUGUUGUGUUCCUCCGCUGCUCCAGAAGAGGUGACGGUGGCUUAUCAGAAUGGGCUGCCGGUGAUCUCAGUCACGUUGCCUUCCAGGCGAGAGCGCUGCCAGUUCACCCUCAAGCCUCUCAGUGACUGUGUGGGAGUUUUCCUGCAACAGCUCCAGGCAGAGGACAGAGGCAUUGACCGGGUAGCCAUCUACUCCAUAGAUGGAGCAAGGGUUGCCUCCUCCACAGGUAUAGACAUCCUGCUGCUGGAUGACUUCAACCUCGUCAUUAAUGACACCACAUACCUCGUGCGGCCACCGAGAAGAGAAAUACUCCCCCACGAGGAGGCAGAGAGGCUCAGUGAUGUCAAGUUCCUGGUGCAGCAGCUUUACACCACCCUGCGCAUCGAGGAGCACCAACUUAGCAAAGAGCGUGAGCUGAUUGGACGACUGGAGGACCUCAACUCUCAACUCCGCCCCCUAGAAAAGGUGAGGGCGGAGUUGAGUAAGAAGGCAGAGCGGCGCACCACCUGGGUGCUGUGGGGGGGCAUGGCGUACAUGGCCACCCAGUUUGGCGUCCUGGCCCGGCUCACCUGGUGGGAGUACUCCUGGGAUAUCAUGGAGCCUGUAACCUACUUCAUCACUUAUGGCACGGCCAUGGCCAUGUAUGCCUACUUUGUGCUCACACGUCAGGAGUAUGUUUACCCCGAUGCUAGAGACAGACAAUAUCUGCUGUUCUUCCACAAGGGGGUGAAAAGGACACGCUUCGACAUUGAGAAGUACAACAAGCUGAAGGAUGAUAUUGCCGAGGUGGAGUUGGAUCUGAAGCGUCUUCGGGACCCGCUCCAACUCCAGCUCCCAGUUCAGCAGCUCACCUCCAGUGAAAAUUGAUAGAACCAGUGACUCCCUCCCUUCUCGGCUCCUACAAGCUCCUCUCCCUCCACCUUCCUGCUGUCCAACACUCUUCUCCAUCUCCUUUUACCCACAGCAAUUUCACACCUCCUCUCCCUCUACCCACCAUCCCUCCCACACUCCAAAAUCCCAUCCCCUUCUUGACUGUAGGAGUUAGAAUGUUUUUCCUCUUUUUUUUUUGUUAUUUCUUUUAAUUAUUAUUUUUUUCUUUCCUGACUGAAAACUCCAGAUGGAAUUGCAAGUUAAAAAAAACUUCUGAAAGACAAAGAAGACAAUGACAAGACCAAGCAAAGAAGUCUCGUACCGGCGAAGGUUGGUGGCGGCGAUGGAUAAGAGGACGACGACUUUAAAUGACGACGAAAUAAAACUGGGCACUAUGGAUAUGCCUCAAGUCUCCAGAGAGAGAGACUUAAGUGACCUCCAGGGACAUCGGGAAUGAUCACACCUUUAGACGCUCCAGGACAGAGGACACACAGAAGGGCAUUGUUGAGUGUGUGUGUGUGCAUGCGU